AUGACUGUGCAGUACUUCAGAGAUCUUGUGACAGUGACACUCCCAGACAACGCCAAUGCUUCAAGAACAUCUCGUUAUAGACCAAAUGAAGUCAUAACAUUACAAUGGAACAAUCCAGCUUCAAGAAUAGCAUAUAGUAGAACUGAUGGGACACUUAGAAUAUGGAAAUUGAACAAUUGUGAAUUGGUAAAUCUUCCUCCAGUGGUGAUUGAUGAUUGUCAUGCUAAACAAGUGGAAUCUAUAUCAUGGAAUCCAGCUUCAGAAACAGAUUUAGCUACUGUUGGUAAUGAUGAAAAAGUUAAGAUAUGGAAUACUCAAAGAGGUGCUUUGAUCAAGGAGAUGGAUGUUGGUGUUAAUGGUAAUAUAUUGGUUCAAUAUUCUGGAGAUGCUAAAUAUAUUGUCUCUAUAAGUAAACAAAAUGUUAUAAAUAUCAUUGAUUCCAAGAGUUAUAACAUUGUGGAAACUAUCAAAAUUGAAAAAAAUGUUUAUUCAGUAACAUGGAAUAAUAAUUCAUCUUUUUUGUUCUUUGGAUUAUCAGAUGGUUCAAUUUUAUUAUACAAAUUUGCAAAUGACAAGUUAAAUCAUUUACAUACUUUAAAAGGUCAUAGAUCUAUAAUUAAAUCCUUAAAAUUUGAAGCAAGAGGUAAUCGUUUAGUCGCUGGUAGUAAUGAAGGUUCAGUUACAAUCUGGUCAAUGGAUACAAUGGCUGUUACAUCUAUAUACGCAGAGAUUGAUGAACCAGUAGCACAAGUUGAUAUAUCAAGAGAUGGUACUUAUCUUUCAAUUACAUAUGAAGAUGGUGAACCUGCAAAAAUUUUUGAAAUUAGUUCACAUAAUGAAUUUCAUAAACUACCCAAAUGUAUUGCUGGUGCUUCAACUUAUCCAAAUUUAUGGUUUUGUCCUAUUAAAACAUUAUUUGCUUAUUCAACAAGUGAUGGUGAAGUGCUUUUAACAAUGAAAGGUUCAGGUCAAGGUGGUAGAUCAAGAGAUAGAUAA